CCGACCAAUCACAGCGCGCACAAUCAUUUUUCAUGCCAGUUUAGAAUAAUAUUAUUAAAAAAGGCAGCCAGACAACGGGUGCGCAGACUUUUACUGGCCUAUUAUCCGCCGCACCGCUGCGAAGUCCCUGCGGCGCCCACAAGAGAAGUCGGCGGAGCGGAGUCGAGCAGGAACGGCGCGGAGGGCAAAAGCGAAACUUUAACGUCGGAGAAAAGUUUCUGCGAAAAGGAGAAAGUUUCCCCGGUCCCAUGGCUUGUGGAUUGGUCUGAGGGGGCAGAUUCCUUCGGAACUGGAUGAUUAUAGCUGUAGGGGGGAGCAGCAGGGGGCCCCAGCCAGGAUCAUGUCGAUGCUUCCGACUUUUGGCUUCACCCAGGAGCAAGUGGCGUGUGUGUGCGAGGUGCUCCAGCAGGGCGGCAAUAUAGAGAGGCUGGGGCGCUUCCUCUGGUCCCUGCCGGCCUGCGAGCACCUCCAUAAGAACGAAAGUGUGCUGAAGGCCAAGGCCGUGGUGGCGUUCCACAGGGGCAAUUUCAGGGAGCUGUAUAAGAUUCUGGAGGGGCACCAGUUCUCCCCGCACAAUCACCCCAAGUUGCAGCAGUUGUGGCUGAAGGCGCAUUACAUUGAGGCGGAGAAGCUCCGGGGGCGCCCCCUGGGGGCAGUGGGCAAGUACAGGGUACGCAGAAAGUUCCCCUUACCCCGGUCCAUUUGGGACGGGGAAGAGACCAGUUACUGCUUCAAGGAGAAGAGCCGGAGCGUACUGAGAGAAUGGUAUGCCCACAACCCCUACCCCUCGCCCAGGGAAAAGAGGGAAUUGGCCGAGGCCACCGGACUCACCACGACUCAGGUCAGCAACUGGUUCAAAAACAGGAGGCAGAGGGACAGAGCGGCCGAGGCCAAGGAAAGGGAAAAUAAUGAAAACUCCAACUCCAACAGCCACAACCCAUUGUCCACUUCGAUGAAUGGAGGGAAAACAGUUCUUGGGAGCUCAGAUGAUGACAAAACUCCAUCGGGAACGCCAGACCACACUUCGUCCAGCCCGGCCUUACUCCUCAGUGGGAACCCCGGCCUGCAGGCUCUUCAUGGGAUGAGCCACCCCCAAGGACCUAGCGCCAUCCCAGUGUCAGCAGCGGACCCCAUGCACCACCACACACUGCAGGACUCAAUCCUCAACCCCAUGUCAUCCAACUUGGUAGACCUUGGCUCUUAAAACUUCAUCCUCAGGAACUCACUGGCCACCCCAAGUAAUACUGGCUAGCCUGGAUACUGAGCCAACCUCUCUGUGGAUGGAACUGCUUAUGGUACUAUGUGCCCCAGACAGGUCUACAUGGGCAAUCAGAUCGAUGGAUCUAACCAUUAUCCCAAAUGCUUGUUAUCGCUUUUAACAGCAACCUGCUACAAAGUCGCUUCUCCAGGAAAGUCGCUGGUGAUGUUGGCACCAGGCAGGAUGGAGUGAAACCGAAGGGGCUUAUGUGCCCAAAGAGAUAAGUCGCUCAUAUGCACAAAGUGUAUUCUGCAUUUACAGAGCCACAUAGUCAGAGUAUACCCACAAGGAUAUGUAGGCAGGCAAUGUUAUUUAUCGAUACUAUCCAUGGACAAGCCCAAUCCAAUAGCACUUUCAGCAACACUCAAGCACCAGAGUUGAAGGACCCCCCCAAUUCCCUAUACUAUUAUACAUUUUAUCCAAAUUUGCAUUCAGCAGGUCAAGCUGCCCUUUUUCCUUUUUAUUUUUCCUUUUUAUUAUGUGAAUAAACUACAUGGAAAUAUCCCUGCUUCUAUUUUAUAAUAAAACAGGAAUCAUACAGUCA